GGACCGGAGAACUGAGAAGGGAAGAGGCGAAAGAGGAUCCGGGAGGAGACGCCGCCAAAAAGACCGGAGAGGACCGCCACGCCCGCGUCCACUCUCCGAACGGGAACACGGUCGUUUCUUGUCGGGUGACACGAAGCCCUUCGUGCCCUGCAGCGAGGGAAGGCUUCUCCAUCUCCAGCCCAGUCAAGCAUCCUUCCAGGAAGCCAAUACUGGCCAGAUUAGCUCAGCCAAGCCAAUAACCAACCCGGGAAGAAGCUGGACCUGAAGCUGGACCUGAAGGAGAAUCUAAAGGAGCACCAAGAAAUGUCAUUGUUGUGUGUUGGAGUGAAGAAAGCCAAGCUUGAUGGACCUCAAGAGAAAUUUAACACAUACGUGACACUGAAGGUGCAGAAUGUUAAGAGCACCACCAUCGCUGUGCGUGGUAGUCAGCCAUGUUGGGAGCAGGAUUUCAUGUUUGAAAUAAACCGCCUGGAUCUGGGCCUCACCGUGGAGGUGUGGAACAAAGGGCUGAUCUGGGACACCAUGGUGGGCACCUUAUGGAUACCCCUGCGCAACAUACGGCAGUCCAAUGAGGACGGUCCUGGCCAGUGGCUGACUCUAGAUUCAAAUGUGAUCAUGACUGAGAACGAGAUCUGUGGGACCAAAGACCCGACCUUUCACAGACUGCUGAUUGACACCCGCUUUGAACUACCGCUAGACAUUCCAGAGGAGGAGGCCAGAUACUGGGCCAAGAAACUUGAACAACUUAAUGCAAUGAGAGAUCAAGACUAUGCCUAUCAAGAAGAACAAGAGAGGCCCCUCCAGGCGCCAACCACACAAUGCUGUAAUUGGAGUCUGUGGGGAGAUCAGCAGAACGAAGACCCAGACAGUGCCGUUGAUGACAGGGACAGUGACUACCGCAGCGAGACCAGUAACAGCAUCCCACCUCCCUAUUACACCACCUCCCAGCCCAACGCGUCCAUGCACCAGUAUCCCAUGAGGAAUCCAAACUACCGACACUCGUACAGCGAAGACAUCCACGAGCUGGAGUACGAUCACAGGCCCAUGAGACGCUAUGAUAGUUUAGACUCUGCCACCAACGAGCGCAGCGAUAUCGACUCAGGCUCGGGGUCGAGCCGGCGCACCAGUCGUCAGUAUUCUCUAGACAGUAGGCACUCACUGUCCGAUAGUCCCACAGACAGUCGUUACGCCUCAUCAGGCGAGUUGAGCCGAGGGAGCUCCCAGCUCAGUGAGGAGUUUGUUCCUGAGGACGGGGGGAGCUUGCGAGGUUCAGAAUUCUACGAUGAAAACGACUCGUACCACUCCUGCCACUCCUCCGUCAGCUACGGCAAAGAGGACUCCCCAGACUGGGAUGGUGAGGAGCACCAAGGCGUCUACAGCGAUGAGGGAGGCUACCUCAAAGAUGGGGGAGAGGAAGGCGCCCUGUAUGAAGAAGAGGAGGGAGACAUGUAUGCGGAGGAAGGAGAAUACCACUAUGAAGAUGAGGAGGAGGUGCCUUAUGAGGAAGAUGAAGAUAUGUAUCAACUGGAUGGCUUGCAAAGUGAAGAGCCGGAGCCUCCCUUCACCCCGACGCCCUUGAGCACUGCACCCAGCCUCCUGCCGCCCUCCGAUGGCGUUUCCCCCACCAGGCCACCUUUAGAGAAACAGACAUCUUUGCAUCAGCAGCAGCCCCAGUCUCCCAGCGCACUUCCUGAUCUACCUCCAGCCUCGCAGGACAGCAUGUUGCCAUCUGUCAUGGCAGAUUCCACCAAGCCUUCCUCUGCACCUCCACAGCAAGAACUGUCUGUCACAGCGAUAUCCACCCCAGCAUUACCGUCACAGGUCCCAGCUCUGGACGUCAAGCCCCUGGAGCCUGAGCCCAAAUCUGAAGCAACUCCGGAGGAACCCUGCCCCCUCGAUCAGCCUCCGCCAGAAGAACCCGCGCCACCGGUCGCUGAGGAGAAAACAGAUGAGCCUCCCGUUCCAAGCUUCCCAAAGAGAGAACCCAUGGAGCCGGGUACGGCCAGAGCCAAGGCCAACUGGUUCCGGCUCUGCAGCAGAGUCCGACUGCAGCUUAAAGAGGCCAGAGGAGAAAACGUUGGCAUCGCCUCUCUGCUUCUGUCAGCAGGCAUGGGUGGUGCUCUGUACAGCAUCGACAGCAUGCCAGACCUCAGGAAGAGGAAAGCUAUGCCUCUGGUCAGAGAUCUGUCUUUGGUUCAGAACUCCAGGAAGGCAGGCAUCACCUCCGCGCUGACAUCCAGCACCCUGCACAACGAAGAACUGAAGAGCCACGUCUACAAGAAGACCCUCCAGGCUCUCAUAUAUCCCAUUUCCUGCACCACCCCGCACAAUUUUGAGGUGUGGACAGCCACCACGCCGACCUACUGCUACGAGUGCGAGGGACUGCUGUGGGGCAUCGCUCGCCAGGGCAUGCGCUGCACUGAAUGUGGAGUCAAAUGUCACGAGAAGUGCCAAGACCUGCUCAAUGCUGACUGUCUGCAAAGAGCAGCAGAGAAAAGUUCUAAACAUGGCGCGGAGGACCGAACCCAGAACAUUAUCAUGGUUCUUAAGGACCGGAUGAAGAUACGUGAGCGAAACAAACCCGAGAUCUUUGAGCUCAUUCAGGAAGUGUUCACGAUCCUCAAGGCCACCCACGUCACCCACAUGAAGCAGAUAAAGCAGAGUGUGCUCGAUGGAACCUCAAAAUGGUCGGCUAAGAUCAGCAUCACAGUCUUGUGCGCUCAGGGUCUACAAGCAAAGGAUAAAACUGGUUCCAGUGAUCCCUACGUAACUGUUCAGGUGGGAAAGACAAAAAAGAGGACCAAGACCAUCUACGGAAACCUAAACCCUGUUUGGGAGGAAACGUUUAAUUUUGAAUGUCACAACUCCUCCGACCGCAUCAAGGUGCGAGUUUGGGAUGAAGACGAUGACAUUAAGUCUCGUGUAAAGCAAAAGUUCAAGCGAGAGUCUGAUGAUUUCCUGGGUCAAACCAUCAUCGAGGUCCGCACUCUGAGUGGAGAGAUGGACGUCUGGUACAAUCUGGACAAGCGUACAGACAAAUCUGCUGUGUCUGGAGCUAUCCGCAUGCACAUCAGUGUAGAAAUCAAAGGAGAGGAGACGGUGGCCCCAUAUCAUGUCCAGUACACCUGUCUUCAUGAGAACCUCUUCCAUUAUGUGACCGACAUCCAGAACACCGGUGUGGUAAAGAUACCUGACGCUAAAGGCGACGAUGCUUGGAAGGUUUACUUUGAGGAGACUCCUCAGGAAAUAGUGGAUGAGUUUGCCAUGCGCUACGGAGUGGAGUCCAUCUACCAGGCCAUGACCCACUUUGCCUGCUUGUCAUCUAAAUACAUGUGCCCCGGUGUGCCCGCAGUGAUGAGCACCCUGCUGGCCAACAUCAACGCCUACUACGCCCACACUACCCAGGCAACCAACAAUGUGUCUGCGUCUGACCGCUUUGCUGCCUCAAAUUUUGGGAAAGAGCGAUUUGUCAAGCUUCUCGAUCAGCUGCACAACUCCCUGAGGAUCGACCUGUCCAUGUACCGAAACAACUUCCCAGCCAGCAGUCCUGAGAGAUUACAGGAUCUGAAGUCCACGGUGGACCUCCUCACUAGUAUCACUUUUUUCAGAAUGAAGGUCCAGGAACUGCAGUCUCCGCCGAGAGCCAGCCAGGUCGUAAAGGAUUGUGUCAAAGCGUGUCUCAACUCCACCUACGAGUACAUCUUUAACAACUGUCAUGAGCUGUACAGUCGCGAGUACCAAACAGACCCGGCCAAGCAGGGUGCUGUGCCUCCAGAGGAACAGGGGCCCAGUAUCAAGAAUCUGGACUUCUGGUCCAAACUCAUCACACUCAUAGUCUCCAUCAUCGAGGAGGACAAAAACUCUUACACUCCCUGCCUAAACCAAUUUCCCCAGGAGCUCAAUGUAGGUAAAAUCAGCGCAGAAGUGAUGUGGAAUCUGUUUGCUCAAGAUAUGAAGUACGCGAUGGAGGAACAUGAGAAAAACCGCUUGUGCAAGAGCGCAGAUUACAUGAACCUGCACUUCAAAGUUAAAUGGCUGUACAACGAGUACUGCAAAGAUCUGCCUUUCUUCAAGAGCAGAGUGCCUGAGUAUCCUGCCUGGUUUGAGCCAUUUGUCAUCCAGUGGCUGGACGAAAAUGAGGAAGUGUCCCGCGAUUUCCUGCACGGUGCUUUGGAAAGAGACAAAAAGGAUGGGUUCCAGGUCACGUCGGAACAUGCGCUCUUCUCCUGCUCGGUGGUGGACGUGUUUUCCCAGCUCAACCAGAGCUUUGAGAUCAUUAGGAAAUUAGAGUGUCCAGACCCCCAGAUUGUAGGACACUACAUGAAGCGGUUUGCUAAGACCAUCAGCAAUGUGCUUCUGUCCUAUGCUGAUAUCAUUUCCAAGUGUUUUGCCAACUAUGUUACUAUGGAGAAAGUGCCCUGCAUCCUGAUUAACAACAUCCAGCAGCUCAGGGUUCAGUUGGAGAAAAUGUUUGAAGCCAUGGGUGGAAAAGAUCUGUGUGUGGAGGCCAGUGAUAUCUUGAAAGAUUUGCAGGUUAAGCUCAAUAACGUCAUGGACGAUCUGAGUAGGGUCUUCUCCGUCAGUUUCCAGCCUCACAUUGAGGAGAACGUGAAACAGAUGGGCGACAUCUUGGCUCAGGUGAAGGGAACAUCAAACGUGGGAAACGCCAGCAGCGUGGCCCAAGAUGCUGACAACGUCCUGCAGCCUAUCAUGGAGUUCCUCGACAGCAACCUGACUUUGUUUGCAAAGAUCUGUGAGAAGACUGUGCUGAAGCGUGUGUUGAAGGAGCUGUGGAAGCUGGUGAUGAACACCAUGGAGAAGACCAUCGUUCUGCCCCCACUAACAGACCAAACGGGGAGGCUGAAGAGUGCUUCUCACAGUGAUGGCACUCAGCUCAUCUUUAACGCUGCCAAGGAGCUCGGACAGCUGUCCAAGCUGAAGGAGCACAUGGUUCGUGAGGAGGCAAAGGCACUGACGCCGAAGCAGUGUGCUGUGAUCGAGCUGGCUCUGGACACUAUCAAGCAAUACUUCCAUGCUGGCGGUGUGGGUCUGAAGAAGACCUUCCUGGAGAAGAGUCCUGACCUCCUGUCUCUCCACUACGCGCUGUCCCUCUACACCCAGGCCACGGACAAACUCAUUAGGACUUUUGUCCAAUCACAGAAUGCACAAGUGUUCGGCGGGAAGGGGGUGAGAUUCACCACUAGUGAGGAUGUUUACCCAGAAAAGGGCUCCGGGGUUGAUGACGCGGUGGGAGAAGUGUCCAUCCACGUGGAGAUUUUCACUCAUCCAAACACCGGAGAGCACAAAGUCACAGUCAAAGUGGUGGCUGCUAACGACCUGAGGUGGCAGACGCAGGGAAUAUUCAGGCCGUUUGUGGAAAUCUACAUCAUUGGCCCUCACCUGAGCGACAAAAAGAGGAAAUACGCCACCAAGUCGAAAAACAACAGCUGGGCUCCCAAAUACAACGAAACGUUCACGUUCGCCCUGAGCAGCGAGGUGGGCCCCGAGUGCUACGAGCUGCAGGUGUGUGUGAAGGACUACUGCUUCGCUCGAGAAGACCGCACCGUGGGCAUGGCCGUCCUGCAGCUGAAGGACAUGGCGUCCAAGGGCAGCGUGGCCUGCUGGCUACCGCUGGGUAAACGCAUCCACAUGGAUGAGACAGGCCUCACGGUCCUGCGCAUCCUCUCCCAACGCAACAACGACGACGUGGCCAAGGAGUUCGUCAAGCUCAAGUCCGACCAGCGCUCUGCGGAGGAGGGCCGAAGCUAAGAGACACACCGGAAGUAAAAACGCCCCCGUCUGAAGCUCAGUCAGAUGUCAACACCUACUGCCCUCCAGCUCUCCCGAGCGUCUGCAAUUCACUGCCUAAACACCCGGUGUUGUAAAAGCACAGAUGAGACGACAGUAACCACACAUCCAGUGCUGUAAAUAUCUUUAUUCCAUCGGAGGAGACACAAGUGCAAAGCAUCACACAUUUUCCUAGAAAAAGCACCAGUGUCUUUAUUGAUGUUAGGAAGGAUCUUAGAGUUUAAUUGUGGAGCAGAUUUCUAUCUUUCCUCUCUUCAUAGAGGAUACAGACAAACACACACACACACAGAUUGGUCAGGGUGAGAAAUAUCUUGUAGCCUUUACUAUUUCGGCUCUCCUUCUCACAUCCCUCCACCUUUCUAACCUCACCUCCCUUCCCCUGUCCCUCCUACUUCCUCUCGGCCCUUCCCCGGUUUGAGUCCAUUCAGCAAAGGGACCAUAAGUGCCAAAAGAGUUGUUGAAUAUGCCAAGUCCAGCCCCGAGCACAACGGGACCGGUUGUCCAAGUUACCCACCAACUACAAGAACAGCUGCACGGCCUCAAACAUUCCAGAUAUCGGCUUAGGGAAACACGCUGGGAAUAAAGCACUAUUUAGUUAGUAGUUUGGAUUUAUUAAUACCCAGUUUUUCAUCUAGAUUAUAUUUAUAUUUUAUUUAUAUAAUAUAUUUAUGAAUCCAUAUAUAUAUAUAUAUAUAUAAUAGAGAUAUAUAUGAAAUAUGAAAGACGUACAUAAAGAUACUUGCAGAAUUAUCAGAAGGACGUGUGGUACUUGAAAAAUUGUCCUUGUCCGUCUUUCUGUCCGUCUACCCCGUAACAGAGCACACUGCCUGACACCCUCAAUGCCUUGUGUCUUGUUGACUCUUACAGUAUGUUUGUGUCUGAUUUCAGGAUGGUCCAGAGCGAUGAAUCCGAUGAAAACACAACUCUAAACAUGUCAGAUGUAUAUGAGCAGUACGUGAACAACUAAGUGCACCCUUUCUAAACUAGCAGGAAUGGAAGCAGCAGCUAGCUGCUGUGUAGCCGAUGCUCUUGAUUUAUUAAUCAUCGGCAUCUGUGCAAACCUCUAUAAAUCCCAAAAGCUUUGGCAGGUUGGUCUUUGUUCAUUCUAUUCAAUCCAAAUCUUAUAAUGUUAUUUGAUAAAAGAACCUUCUCAAUUUUUGUAUCAAACUUUCAGUUCCGUUGCAGCCAUUAUACAGUAAUAAUGGUAAAUGUGUACAUGAAGAGUGAGGGAGGUGACCAGUGCAUCAUGAAAGCAGUGUGGACUGCAGCUUCAGCAUUCUACGUUUGUAAACUCUUUAACAAAAGGCCUCCACUCUAAUAGGGAAAUGGUCUCAUGGGAUAACAUGGAACAAUUAGGUAUUUAAGAGGAGGGGGAUAUUUGCCCUCACAGGCUUUUAUCUUGUGAGAAGAAUGUUAAAUAUUGUCCUGGACUCCACGGGUAUCCAUUGAAGAGAAACUAAAAGAAGCUACAGAGGAACCUCAUCUCUAUCAGAACAUCUCGGCUCAGCUGGGCGAUUUUCUGAAUAACUUUAGGGCAUAAGAAGAUGCAGAAAUCCAAUCUUGAAGUAACAACCGCUUGGACUAGUUUAUGGUCAAACCAGACUCAAGAAAGUUGUCAAACUUCCCAGAAAUUGACCCUAAGGUUUCUGCAGGCCUCAGUUAGAAAAAGACUGAAUAAGAACAGACAC